AACGGUUAAAUCCCUGCAUAGGAUCCUGUGGGUGCAGGUGGAUGGACGGGUGUGAGGAACGGUUCCUGGGAGCCACCACAAUGUCCUCAGCUUCACGGCAACAUGCUUCUUGGUGAAGAGGACUGUCUUUAUCUUAAUAUUUUCACACAGUUGCGCAUGUCUAGAAAGCAGCCUGUACUGGUGUACAUCCAUGGUGGUGGCUUUGUGUCUGGGAGAGCUGCUGCCUCUCCUCCUCUAGCCCUCAUGAACCGUGAUGUGGUGCUGGUGGUAAUUCAGUACCGCCUGGGGGUCCUCGGAUUUUUAUCUAUGGAGGAUGCUGUAAUGCCGGGUAAUCUUGGGCUGAAGGACCAGACACUGGCUCUUCGCUGGGUGCACAAUAACAUAGGUAACUUGGGUGGUGACCCAAACAAGGUCACUAUCUUUGGAGAUGGAGCUGGAGCAGCAUCUGUACAUUACCAAAUCCUUUCCCCUUACACUUCUGGGUUGUUCUCUCGUGCAAUCAUGCAGUCUGGGUCAUCUCUGUGCCCAAGUGCUCUAAGGACUAAUCAUGCCAAGCUGGCCCACCACCUGAGCUCUGUUGCCUGUAGCAAAUUGCCAGUCCAUUCCACUUUGUCUCGUGAUAGCUGGCACCUCCUUAGAUGUUUACAAAAUAAAUCUUUAAAUGAGCUGGUCGUUGCCUAUACUGCCUUUCAUGUGUGGGCCACUUUCCCUGUAGUGAGUGUUCCUCGUGUGGAUGGAGACUUCCUGCCCCACCAUCCAGCCACCAUGCUCGGCUAUGGCAUGUAUGAAAAGGUGGACCUUCUUAUUGGCUUUGCUCAUAGCCAGUCUUCACUGGUAACAAAACCAAUGUACAAAAGGGACAGCCUCCAGCAGGCACUACAGAGAGAACCCUAUAUGGUUAGUUCUGUUAUACUCAGUUUGGAUGAACCCAUGAUCUCUGAGCAUCUAGUCAACCUCUCCCUUUUGGUGCACCUGAAAGAUGUGCUGUCAAAUGAAGAUGCUCUUGCUCAAACAUUGAAUGAUGGCUUGGUGGGUGUGUGCUUGGAGGAUACUGCACUACUGCACUCAGAGGCUCAUCCCACAGCCAAGGUCUUCCUUUACCAGUUGGGUUACAGUGAGCAACCUUCUCUACACUACACUAGAGAGCAUUUUAUUGAUGACCAUUGUGAGUCUGUUCUCUCACUUUUAUUUUAAGACUUGGGCAUGUUC